ACCUCCCACAAAAUCAUGACUGUGAGGAAGAGGAGGGUCUGGAUGAGCAGCAGGUCUGUAACCAGGAGAGGAACUCCAGUCUGGUCCAGGAGGACCCAGAGCCUCCACAGAUUAAAGAGGAACAGGAGGAGCUCUGCAGCAGUCAGGAGGGAGAGCAGCUUGGACUGAAGCAGGAGGCUGAAGGCAUUAUCGUCUGGACUGGGGAAGAGCAGCUGAGAGAGAUGGAGACCAUCUGGAAACCUGUGAUAAAGUUACACAAAAUAGACCUCCAACAGCAGGAUCUCUCUGAAAAGGACGGUGUUCUCACAGACCAGCAGGUCUGUAACCAGGAGAGGAACUCCAGUCUGGACCAGGAGGACCCAGAGCCUCCACAGAUUAAAGAGGAACAGGAGGAACUGUGCAGCAGUCAGGAGGGAGAGCAGCUUGGACUGAAGCAGGAGGCUGAUACUUUCAUGGUGACUCGAUCUUAUGAGGAAAGUGACCACAGUGAGCAGCUUCUUUCUCACAGCUCUCCUGAAGGAGAGAGCCGAGAUCAUGAAGAAAAUGGGCACGUGGAGUCAGGAUCUACUAGAAAUACAGAGCUGAAGAAGAGACAUCACAGAAAGAGAGGUCAUAGACAGAGACAAGACAACACUGCUGUGUCAGAGAGUCAAAGUAAACCUGUCUCAAGGAAAAAGUCUCUAGAAUGUGACAUCUGUGGAAAAACCUUUCGGCAUAAAUUUGUGCUGACUAUACAUCUGAGAGUUCACACAGGCGAGAAACCGUACACUUGUAACACCUGUGGAAAAAGAUUUUCUCACUCAUCAGCAUUAAAAAGACACAAGAGAAUUCACACUGGUGAGAAGCCAUAUUCCUGUAGCACCUGUGGAAAAAAAUUUAUUCAGAAAUCAAUUUUGGACUGUCAUGAAAGAAGUCACACAGGUGAGAAACCAUAUCCUUGUAGCACGUGUGGAAAAAGAUUUUCUGAUUUAUCAGCAAUUAAAAAACACAGGAGAAUGCACACAGGUGAGAAACCAUAUUCAUGUGGGAUCUGUGGAAAAAGAUGUAGUCAGAAAGCAGCAUUGGAAUCUCAUGUAAGAACUCACACAGGCGAGAAGCCGUAUUCUUGUAGCACCUGUGGGAAAAGAUUCACUCGAAAAUCACUUUUGAACUGUCAUAGAAGAACUCACAAAGAUGAGAAGCUGCAUUCUAGUAGCACCUGUGAGUCAUAGCAGUGUGUUGGUGGUAGUGCUUACACUGUCAAGUCACUGCAACAACUGAUUGGAGAUGAUUCAUAUUCAAGACAGUAUUUUCUGCUAUUUUAGGUCCUUUACAAUUUAAAGCGUCUUGAGAGAACUGUCAUUGUGAUUUUGUGCUUUAUAAGUAAAACUGAAUAAAAUUGGAUUGUCUA